GUCGGUCACUGAACUGUGAAGAGCGUCUUCCGCUUUUAGUUUCUGAUUCGGUUUUCUGAGCUGUGUCGAGUGCAGAAGUAGUGUUGUUCCCUCUUAAUAGUUCUACACGAAAAAAUUUACGUCUUUUAUGCGCUGGUGUUACCUUUGUGAUCUCAAGUUCACGAUAUGAACGAACGAAAACUCUUGGUAAGUUUGUAAUCCUGCCAAAUGAGGUAAAUCAAAGUCCUUGACAAAAUUGUAGAAAGAAGCUAUUGGGUGUCACUUUUGACGAGCAUCUGAAGUUUACUAGCCACUUGAACUAGCUAGAGUAUCUAGGAAAAUAGGGGUCCUGAUGAGACUGAAAAAUUUAAUACCAACAUUAGCAAAGCUUAGAAUUUACAAAUCUUUGAUUUUGCCACAAAUAACUUAUUGUUAGACGGUAUAGCACUUUUGUAGAAAAUCUGAUAGCCGGAAGAUUGAGAGUUUCCAAGAAAGAGCGCUUAGAUCAGUCGCAGGCUUUCCGAGUUUGUUUAUUUUAAUUGUUUGAUUUUCGUUUUUAGGUAGUUAGGUGUCCACAAUUAGUUUACACUCCGGGUAAGCUAGGCAUUUGACACAUUAAUUAAGUCUAUUUAUUAUUUGUAGUAUACUGCAGACACUCUGCUUGAAAUGCUGCUUGCCAUGGGCAUUUAUAGAUAGUGUGGUGUUUUUGAACAAAUUAUGCGAUUUCGUAAGUCUGUGAUAAAAGUGCUAAAUGUGAGAUCAUGACUAUGAGUAGGUUUUUUAUGUAAAUAUUAAUACUUUGAAUGAAUCUAUUGUAUUCACAAAGCAUGAAAUUUGCGUGUAAAUUGCCACUAGUUUCUAUUUAAUUAUCCUUUAGUCAGAGGGUGGAUUCAUUUGCAACACACGCUUAUACAUGUAGCUGUCUCAUUUGGCCGCUGGUAAAUUUCAUCGUAAAGGAAAGUUUCAUCCAAGUAACCAUAGGCACUGACUCAUGAUUAUUACAUCUAUUAGCAUAAUGUAUGUUCUUACUAAAUUUUAAGUGCCAGAGUAAGCUAGUGUGGGUCACAAAACUGUGGCAGAAGUGUUUAAGUGUGGAAGUUUGGUAGUAUGGAACAGGAUUGUCAAAAGUAGCCGGUUGCUGGCGAAAAUCGCCGUUUUUUAAAAUAAGAUAUCCCUGGACUGGCCGCUUACUUUGACAACUCAGCCUUCUACUUCAAAACUUUCUGACAAUCCUGAUGGAAGUGUGGUAAUAUCAAGUUAGGAAUUUUGGUGCCAGGACCAAAUGGCAUUCGAAUGACUCUGAACUUUAGUGAUUAGGGUAAGGAAACUGAGUGAAUCAAUUUUCAGGUCAGUUUUCUCAGUAUAUAAUGACCUUAAACAGAACCUGAUUCACUCAGUUGUGGUUUCAGAUCAGGAUAUUGUCACAUUCAAGAAGACUCAGUGCAGGAAACACUACAAGCUUUUAUUUCAGCGAGCAAGCUGUGUAGAGCAUGCUAGUCUGCAUGCGCACAUGUAAGAGACUGCAUGCAAACUAUGACAUUAUAUAAUCACUAUAAACUUCAGAGUCAUUUGCCAUUCAGCAGCCAUUUGGUUUUCUGAAAAGAACCCCGGCCUAGCUGGAAUUUUGGAAGUUAGGUAGUAUAGAAGUUUUGAAAAUGUUUAUCAUAAUAUAUUUUUCUCUGUUGUUAUCUAUCAUUUUGUAGAUGUUUGGCAACUUUGAUAUUUGGUAACGGCAUCUUCUGUAGAAAAAGUUUAAACAGCCAUGAGUGAUGACCGAGUGUGCGGCUCUCACAAAGUGAAAGUCACCAUAUUGGCUUCUGAAUGGGGAUCAAGCAAAGGGGGGCUCUCUACCAUAAACAGAGAAUUAGCCAUUCAGUUAGCCAAAUGCCCUGAAGUGGAAAUCACUUUCUUUUUACCACAAUGCAGUCAAGAGGACAAGAAGGUUGCCUUACAAAACAAUGUGAAGAUCGUGGAGGCAACACCACUACUUGGCUAUGAACAAUUGGACUGGCUUAGCUUCCCUCCAGAUCAUCUGCAAAUUGAUAUUAUUGUGGGUCAUGGUGUUAAACUUGGUAAACAAGUACAAAUCAUAAAAAAAUCUAAAAAGUGCAAAUGGCUUCAAGUGGUGCACACAGACCCUGAAGAACUUGGGAUGUUUAAAAACUAUUCCAACCCAAUUUCAAAGGGUGAAGAAAAGCACAAGACUGAAGUAGAACUGUGUAAAAUGGCAGAUCAUGUUGUAGGAGUUGGACCCAAGUUGAGUGAGGCCUUCCGCUCAUAUCUACGUAGCUGUAGAAAAGAUGACACUGUUCUUGACUUCACUCCUGGAAUAUUUGAAGAGUUUGCGGCUGUAAAGCAGGUUCCUAGUGAAAGGCAACAACGCAGUGUCUUGGUAUUUGGUCGUGGAGAUGUAGAAGAUUUUGAAGUAAAAGGGUUUGACAUAGCUGGGAAAGUGAUUGCUGCAUUAGAAGAUACUCGUCUUGUGUUUGUUGGAACCCCAGAUGGAAAACACGAAGAAAUAGCAAAACAGUUAACUGAAUGUGGUGUUCCUGAAAGGCGCUUGAGAGUUAGAGGAUUUGUUAAAGAGCGAGAGAGUUUGAAGGACUUGUUCCAAGAAGUGGAUCUUGUAAUCAUGCCUUCAAGAACAGAAGGCUUUGGAUUGACAGGACUUGAGGCCCUGUCAGCUGGUCUACCUGUGCUUGUCAGUGGCAACUCUGGUUUUGGAGAAGCUUUGCGUAGUGUACCUUUUGGUUCAACAUAUGUUGUUAACUCAGAUGAACCCGCAGAGUGGACCUCAGCUAUUAAGAAAAUCUGGGCUAAGGACAGAAACAGUCGACUGGAGGAAGCAAAAAUCUUGCGUGAUUCCUUUGACGAAAAGUACAACUGGGCCAGACAGAUAAAAGAUCUUAUUGAGAAGAUGAUCAGUUGGGUUCACGGUAUGAACUUUUUGAUUGACAUGUGCAUUUCAUCAUGUAUUUAUAUUACACAUUAAGUUGCACAAUAUGAAGUACUGAAAAUUAUUAUGAUUUAUUAACAUUGUUAAUUUUUUUUUCUUAAAAAUACUUUUCACAUUAGGGAGCUUAAGCAUCGGUGUUUUUGAGCUACAUAUGAUAACCAGAGGUGGACUUUAUGCAAUCUUUGGUGGUGGUUUUGCCCUAAUUUUCCGGCAAUAGUCUCUAGAAAAAUGUGAAUAUAAGAAAAUACACCUAACAAUAAAAUUUGGUAGCGUCAAGGUAUAGUACAUGAGAAGGAUGGCUGGUUGCCAUCUGUAUGUCACAAACACCUUUCCUUGAGCUCCCUAUUACAGAGGAAAUAAUAGGAUGUGAACUCUAAAAAUAUGUGAAAACAAACAAACAAAACAGAACCAAGAAGCAACCGCUGAGAUUUUUUGUUCUAAAAAUAUCAUGAAAAAAAAAAUUAAAAUAAAAGAUGGCUAGUACUAUAUGUAUUUACCGUAGAACUAAAUGUGAUAAAAAACUUUCUUUCCCAGAUAUUUGGAAUAGUGUGAUUACAUAUCACUGACAGGCAGGAAAAUUUUCUAUUCUUGAAAGUAACUUAUAAGUUUGGUAAUCAUGACCCAGCUAAUCUUUUGUAUGCUUUAUCCCCAGCUCAUUGGUGUGAUUAUUUCAUACAUUUGCAAGUUACCGAAAGCAGCCAAUUUAUUGUUAUCUUCUCCUUUAAUUAAACAGAUGAUUCUUCAAAUCAUCAGAGGUAUUCAGAAACCAAAUGCACUAAAGUUCCUCAGUGGAUGGAGGGCAUUACUGAAGACAUUGAAGGUAGCCUUAUAAUAUUUAUUAUUGUAAUGCUUAUAAAUCUUGGCUGAAUGGUGUUUCUAGUGAGAAAGUGUUCUAUGGGGGAAUAGGGCCACUCAAGUUAAGCCUGCAGCUCAAGUGAAGAAUAUUUCGAAUUUUGAAGUUUGGUUGCCAUGGACGUAUUUUACAGGGCUUGAAAAAAACUUGAAUUCAAGCUUGUCCUUUGGGAGGGGAGUGAAUAGGUGAACGGAUUGGCGGAUUUUGAAAAUAUUUUUGCCUGGAUUUUGGAUUCAAAGCAAGAUUUUAACGGAUUUCUGGGUCCUCCAAUAUAUUGCAGCAGAUUGCGGAUUCAUCUAUUUUUUGGGCCGGGAUUUUGGACUUUGCGUGUAAUUCAAAAUAAUAUUUUUGCCCAGAUUUCGGAUUCAGGGCAAAAAUGGAAUGGCAGAUUUGGUUAAUAAAUCAUAAUGGAUUGGUGGAUUUGCAUACCCCUAUUCACCCCCCUCCUUUGGGCAAGCAGCUCUUAUACCUUUUGCUUGCCUGGGGCCACUUUUUGCUUGUCUUAAGACCCAUUCACACCAAGAUGUAAACAUGUUUAAAAGCUGUUUAGAGGCCAUGCCAGGGAGGGGGUCCCAUGUCGCCCGUCUGAAUUUUAAAACGUCUUGUGUCGGUGUUUAUGAAUGCUUGUCACUUAUUGUCGGCUUUGCCGUCACUGUCACAAUUUGGCCGAGGGAGGUUGUCUCUUGUCGUGAUUUCAUUUUACUCACUGUCGUUACUUUUUGGGCUAUGUCGUUUGUCGGAAUUUACCCUGGCAGGGCCUCUGUUUAUAAGUUGAACAUGGUUUAACUUUGUUUUCUUUGUACACUGUAGAAGCUGCUUACUCUACUUUAUUGAUUGCUGCAACUAUGCAUUACUAACAAUGUUGAAUUUUAUUUGAAUUAUCUAUUAUCUAUAAAAGCCUGCGUUCUAGCUUUCUAUUAACUGUUUUCCAUUUUUGAACCAUGUUUAGUUGGUGUGAAUGGGGCUUACGUUAAUGAAUUGGUUAAAAGAUGUCUUGCUUACACCCUUACACAUUGGGCAAGUUGCUUGUCAAGCAGAAAGAAAGCUAUUUGUCAUGGACUACUGAACGGGGCUUUUUUUAGCUCUGUCUAAUCAUAGAUGUCUAUGGGUGACAAAAUUAUUGAGACAUUGUACUCAAAUAGGGUAACCUCAGAGCAAAACAAUCCACACCCCACCCCGCUUCGCCUCCAUUCAAAGUUGAGGUGUUUAGCAUUUUCUACUGGUAGCUCGAACAGCAGUACAACAAGCUAUUUUUUCCCCUUUUGAAGUUGGUAAGACUUUGUCAUAGCUUGUAUGUGGUUUCUUACAUGUGCGCAUGGAUACUAGCUUGACUUGCUUGCUGAUUAAAAAGGCUUGUUGACUUUUCUAUACUGAGUGUUCUUGAAUGUGACAAUAUCCUGAUCCGAAACUACAACAGACUUCAGAAAGUCCCUUCAGGGUAAAGUGUCUCACCUAAUUUUGUAGGUAUGUGUUAAUAGAAUUCACACGGUUUGCUGCCAAUAUUUUGUACAGCGCAUUGUCUACCCGAUCUAUCUGUAUUCUACUGAGGUUUAUCUUUAAUGUACUAGUGUUGUCUUACACCUGAUAAGACCUUUUGCAAGUAAACAUGUUUGCAUUAUCCAAAUGAAACAAAACUGAGUGAUAUUUUUUUGGGUGUAAAAUGUGUAUGUUUAAUUUGAAUUUUGAUGGUAUAAACUCCACUUAAUCAGCAAAAAACUUUUAAGAGUGUCCAUCCUGCACAGCAAUGAUCCAUACAAACUGCUGAAACUAUGAAAAAAGGUGGGUGGGGAGGAAUUAAAUCUUGCUUGUUCUCUAAAAUAACUCAUUGUGAUUUACAGAAAAGUAUUUUUUAUUACAUGCUUUUAAAAUAAUCAAUACAAUUUGCCGCAGUGUCCACCUAUCGAACUACUGAAAAUGUAAAAACAACUAUCUAUUUUUCCAGCUCAGAACAUGCUUCCAUCCUUACAAAAUUUGCGAUGUGAUGCAGACCAGGUUCGCAACAAAACCAUCCUACCAUCUAACCUGAGAACAGUUGCAGCGAAGAAAGGAUUCUUAGUUUCUGAUAACCAAGCAUCUGGGAACUGUUUGUUCUAUGCACUGUCAGAGCAACUGAAAAUUGUUAAAGGAAUCCAAAUCUCACACAAAGAACUUAGAAGCACUUUGGUCCAGUUUCUCAGAGAGAACGCUAAUCUGGUAAGGCAGUGAUGUAGUCCCGUAAUAGUAUAUUUAACUUCAUCAUGCUGGGGAAAAAAAUGGCAGAGGCCUUUAGUAUCUCCUGUAAAAUCCUAGACUAUAAAGCCAAUUUGAUAAUAUCCUGAGCCAUACCAUGUUAUGAUUUGGGAACUUUGUUGAUUUGUACCUGUAAGGGAGAAGGGGUGUACUGCAGAAAAGAGACAAUGUCUAGAUAUUAGAUUCCCGAGGACUGGCAUCACUGAAAUAGGUAAAGUGUGUUAGAGCACCUGGUUUAACUUAAUACAGUGGCGCAUCCAGGGGAGGGGCCGGGGGGCCGCCCCCCUUAUUUUCAGACCAAACUAAAACAUUUUGAGAGUGGGCCCCCCCAUUAUCUAAGGGUCAUGGAUGAACCCCAGCCCUUAUGUCAAGGUAUGGAUCCGGCACUGCAAUAUAUCAAUAUAUCAUUAGGAAGAAUUUCUCAAAUAGGGUAAUCCCUUGAGAAUGUGUGCUCUCUUUUGCACCGUACAUGAAAGCUUUUCUUUUGAAAGACCACCACUCAUUAAAGUGAAAAAGUAUUUUCGGAGCUUAGUAUACAGUUGGCUGUACCUCUAAGUAUAUCAUUUUUUGCAGCACUUUCAUUCUGACCUGUUGUUGUCAUCAGUUAACUCAAAACUCACUCCAUUUGUAUUCUGAUUCACCAGGUAAAGGCUUAAAAUUCACUUGCUUGAAUGAUGAUGUUGUUGUUGUUGUUUUUUUAGCAUGAUGGAACAUCCAUGUUCAACUUUGUUUCCGGCUACCCAUCAUGGGGUGAAUAUUUACAAAGCAUGGCGAAAGACGGUACCUGGGGUGAUCACGUGGUUCUGUUUGCUGCAGCAAAUCGCUUCCAAACUGUCAUCCGUGUUAUCAGCAGCCUUGAUCGUGAAAUAGUUGUCCAUCCAGAACACGCAGUUGCUGACCCAACCCCCCUUGUGUUGGGACACAUUCAUGAGUUACACUAUGUUAGCCUUCAGCCCAGAAAAGGUACAAUACUAGUCUCUUCCCUGUCGCAAUCAACCAGGUUUGUUUUACUGGUGGAAAAUGUGCUGCAGAUAUCAGCCCUGCACUGUGGUGUGGUGUGUUGUUUGUGUUCAAGAGAAGUGGGAGUCGGUAACUACCUUUACAUGGAUUCUCUUUCUACAAAUCAUCCUAAUGAGUUUAUUAAUAAUGUAAUCGCCUUUGUAAUUAAUGCGGAAAAAAAUAUUUCCUGCUGAAUUUUUAAUAGCCUUUCCUCACUUCAAAUAUCCUAUACUCAUAGGAGUAGAUCCUGUUCAGCCGGAUAUUUUUCAGAUUUUCAGACGCAACAAAGUGUGAUCUGUUUAGCUUAAUAGUUGUGAUUGAGAAGAAGUGAUUGUGAUGUCGAACAGGCGAGUUUGAAGCAGUUCACAGUAAAAAAUCCACGCUUUAUACUGAGUGUCUGGAAUUGUAAGCUAAUAUUGGCUUGCGAUUUUACACCAAGAGAUGAUUAUUAUAAUAAGAAGAGUUUUAUUCAUGGCGUCUUACCCUUUGUAAAGUACCAGUUUGAAGGCGCUCGGCCCCUCGAUCUUUCUCGAGUGAUGCGUACCAAAUGCUGCAUACCGUAAAAAGAUUUUUAAAAGGGAUUCUAUUUCCAGGAGUGGCGGACUGAAAUGUCCAUUACUCAGAACUUGUCCAAGAAUAAUUUUUUUUACUUUUUGUGAAAUUUAGCGCUUUCUGUUCAGAAUAUUCGCAUGUCACUUUCAUGACUCCAUUUCUAUGGACGUAGGCACUUUCAUGAUUUGCAGUUUUGUACUGUAUUAUUGCUAGGUGAUCAUAAGUUAUCUAAGGUUAUGUCAGUUGUCAAAGGUUCAUUAUUGACCUUCUAACCAUACUGUUAACAGUACAAAAUAAAAAGACUGUGAUAGAGAAUGCUUUUUUAUCGACUGACAGACGGUUCUCCCACCUCAGUGAAUAUAACUGUGAGGAUAAUGUAUCCUUUGUUCUAAUGGCCGUUGUUUACUAUUUUUUAUUUUGCCAGAUGAGUAUUUAUUUCAAAGGAAUAAGAGGGGUAAUGAAGGAUACAUGAUGGAGAAUGACGAAAUCAGAGCAAAAGCUAGAAGGACCGUGGAAGAUCUUAAGGCGUUUAGAUCUACAGGUACGAGUUCAUUAUAUGCACUUAACCACAACCCUUAUAUUGUCAAAUCCCCCUUGCCUCCCCCCCAAAAAAGGGCAAAUUGUACCGCUUCAAAUAAUAGAUACUCUUUAAGAGUACCAAUCUUGUCUCCAGAGGCUGUGUUGCUACUGAGGCAGAUAGACCACGAAUUCAAAGAUUCGCGUGACAGUUGAUUUUGGCGCUAGAUGUUAACGAUUUAGGUGAAUGGCUUUGUUUGUCAACCCAACAAGAUAAACUCUUGUGUUGACAUUCCCUUCUCAUUGCUGACGUCGUUGUUUGCGUCUCAGAGUUAUGCAACACAAGUAUGCUGCAACUGAAAGAACUUUCGAUGAUUCGGACUUUCUGCAAACAAAAGUUUGACUUGGCUUAUGAAAUGCUCAGGAAUGUGACCACAUUCGAAUUUAGGUGACCAUAAGGUAAUGUCGGGUCUAUAUCCCGUGAUAAUUCCAGUGCUGCAGUGAAAUCGAGGUCAGGAUACUUCCAUUCGCGGGUGGAAGCGGAGACGUAAAACAAUGAAUCAUGAAUCUCGGGAAAAAAAUAUGAAUGAAUCAUGAAUCAUUGGGUAAAAAAGGCAGGAAUCAUAAACAACAAAGGACAAAUGAUUCCACUUCCACCCCCGAAUUUCCAUGCGUUUUUUAAUAGAAUCGCAAAGUACUUCCUGGGUUGUGCUGUAGCAAAGCCCGUUGUUCUCUGGCGCCCAACUUUUGCUCUUGGUUCAGAGCACUGGGCACCCUUCAAUUUUCCUUAAAGCACAGCCUUGACUUCUCAAAGUGUGUCAUAUUCCCCUAAUCAUGCGCCCUCCAUAAUAUACAAACUAACAAGUCAAAUACUUGAUAAUGUUUAAUCAGCGUGUAUGAAUAUUCAUUUUUUAGAUUUGCCAUACCCAAACGACAUUUUUGAGAGGAUCCGUCAGCUGUAUAGAACUCGUGAACAACGCCUUCUGCCUGUCCCUUGGUGUGAAAAUUUCAGCUUUCAUUUGAAUGAUAUUUUUACAAGAUUAAAAAUCUCGGGCAGAGAAAAGACCCAAGGAGUACUUACUGACGAGAUAACCAAUAUGACUGCUAUCUUUAAGGCGCACGCAGAAUGUCAAAGCCCGAGAACAAUCUUGAUUGGGGGAGAUCCUGGCAUGGGAAAAACCACAUACUGUCAAAAGCUGGCGUAUGACUGGGCAACUAAGAAGGACAAAUGGGAUCCAUCUUUUCCAGAGCUUGAAGUGCUACUGCUUCUCAAAUGUGAUGAAAUUCAAUCCAACAUCUGGGAGGCUAUUGAUGAUCAAAUUUUACCCGAGGAAAUGGAAGAUCAAGCUAAGGAAUGUUUCUUUAAAUUCAUUCGCGAAAAUCAGUCGAAAGUUCUUUUAGUUCUCGAUGGAUUGGAUGAAGUGGAUCCUAGUAACCUCAAAGUACUCUCUAACCUUAUUCAAGGUAAAGAACUUUCAGGUUGCUACAUUGUUGUGACAUCUCGUCAUGAGGCUGGAAGUAAAGUAAGGAGGUACUUUGACACUCUGUGGGAAAUUGAAGGAUUUACCAAGAAAGAUGCAAAAAGCUUUAUUCGUAAAUACUUUAAAAACAUCCACAAAGAGCACUUAGCCAAGAAAUUUAUAGGACGCAUAUGGGAUGUGCCCUUUCGAUCUGAGCCACAACAGGAUAGAGACCUGAGUGAAUUGACAAAAAAUCCCUUAAACACUGCCUUACUGUGUGUUAUUUGUGAGGAUUUUGAGGGCGUAAUUCCAACGAGCAGAACUGAAUUGUACACGGAGAUUGUUCUUUGUGUUUUAAGAAGAUAUGAACAAAAGCAAGGUUUAGCGAGCAAGAAUGAAGACCUAAUGACCGUUUACAAAAAAGAAUUAAUAGAUCUUGGAAGAAUGGCAUUGGAAUCUCUUCUAAAAGGAGAGUUGUAUUUUGAAAAACAUAAAUCUGACGGUGGCCUCAUUGUCUUAUCCAAGUUCGGAUUCCUUUCACUUCAGGCUGGUGGCAGUAAGAGGAAAGUUGUUGUGCGUUAUGCAUUUCUUCAUAAGAGCUUUCAAGAGUUCUUUGCUGGUUUCUAUCUUGCUUACAAACUCAUUGAGGGAGAAAUUGAGUGCAAAUCAGUGGUGACUGACCAAAGAUAUGAGAACGAACUAUAUCAAGUUUUUUUAUUUACGAUCGGAAUUUUAGUUUCAACAAGUGAGAAAACCGCAGAGUCCCUCGUAACGUAUAUGGCUAGAAAUAUCACAAGUCUUCAGUCUGCACAAGACGUUUCAAAGCGUUUUGUACUUUAUUUAGGUUGUUUAUCAGAGUAUGAAAGUUUAGUUUGCACCUUAGGGGAGCACCUUCACAUUCCUUAUUUGAAUUUGAAGGAUAAAUUGAGGCAAAAAAAUCUUGCCGGGUGUCUUUCCAAGGCUCUUGCAGUCAACUCCUCCUUAACUAAUUUGGAUUUGGGUUCGAACGUUAUUGGUGAUUCUGGAGCUGCGUCUCUUUCCCAGGCUCUUGCAGUCAACUCCUCAUUGACAAAUUUGGACUUGAUAAAUAACUUUAUUGGUCCUCCUGGAGCUGCGUCUCUUUCCCAGGCUCUUGCAGUCAAUGCCUCCUUAACUAAUUUGGAUUUGAGUUUGAACAACGAAUUUGGUGCUUCUGGUGCUGCGUCUCUUUCUCAGGCUCUUGCAGGCAACUCCUCUUUAACUAAUUUGGUUUUGUUGGGAAACUGUAUUGGUGAUUCUGGAGCAGCGUCUCUUUCCCAGGCUCUUGCGGUCAACUCCUCAUUAACUAAUUUGGUUCUACAUUUGAACAGAAUUGGUGGUUCUGGAGCUGCGUCUCUUUCCCAGGGUCUUGCAGUCAACUCCUGCUUGACUAAUUUGGAUUUGAGUGGAAAUAGAAUUGAUGGUUCUGGAGCUGCGUCUCUUUCCCAGGCUCUUGCAGUCAACUCCUCCUUGACUAAUUUGGAUUUGGGGGAGAACAGCAUUGGUGAUUCUGGAGCUGCGACUCUUUCCCAGGCUCUUGCGGUCAACUCCUCCUUAACUAAUUUGAAUUUGAGAUCGAACAAUAUUGGUGCUUCUGGUGCUGCGUCUCUUUCCCAGACUCUUGCAGUCAACUCCUCAUUAACUAAUUUGGGUUUGGGGUACAACGGUAUCGGUCCUUCUGGAGCUGCGUCUCUUUCCCAGGGUCUUGCAGUCAACUCCUCUUUAACUAAUUUGGGUUUGGUGUACAACGCUAUCGGUCCUUCUGGAGCUGCGUCUCUUUCCCAGGCUCUUGCAGUCAACUCCUCCUUAACUAAUUUGGAUUUGAGUCAGAACAGUAUUGGUGAUUCUGGAGCUGCGUCUCUUUUCCAGGCUCUUGCAGUCAACUCCUCAUUAACUAAUUUGGAUUUGAGUGAGAACAGUAUUGGUGCUUCUGGAGCUGCGUCUCUUUCCCAGGCUCUUGCAGUCAACUCCUCCUUAACUAAUUUGGAUUUGAGUGAGAACAGUAUUGGUGAUUCUGGAGCUGCGUCUCUUUCCCAGGCUCUUGCAGUCAACUCCUCAUUAACUAAUUUGGAUUUGAGUGGGAACAGUAUUGGUGCUUCUGGAGCUGCGUCUCUUUCCCAGGCUCUUGCAGUCAACUCCUCCUUAACUAAUUUGGUUUUGGCAUGCAACAAAAUCGGUCCUUCUGGAGCUGCGUCUCUUUCCCAGGCUCUUGUAGUCAACUCCUCCUUAACUAAUUUGGAUUUGAGUUCGAACUACAAAAUUGGGUGUUCUGGAGCUUCGUCUCUUUCCCAGGCUCUUGCAGUCAACUCCUCCUUAACUAAUUUGAAUUUGACUGGGAACAAUAUUGGCGAUUCUGGAGCUGCGUCUCUUUCCCAGGCUCUUGCAGUCAACUCCUCCUUAACUAAUUUGGUUUUGUGGUUGAACAGUAUUGGUGAUUCUGGAGCUGCAUCUCUUUCUCAGGCUCUUGCAGUCAACUCCUCCUUAACUAAUUUGGAUUUGUGGAGUAACAGUAUUGGUGAUUCUGGAGCUGCGUCUUUUUCCCAGGCUCUUGCAGUCAACUCGUCCUUAACUAAUUUGAAUUUGAGUGGCAAUAGCAUUGGUCCUUCUGGAGCUGCGUCUCUUUCUCGGGCAUUUGCAGUCAACUCCUCCUUAACUAAUUUGGAUUUGGGUAACAUCAGUAUUUGGUGA